CAGCUGGUGCCACUUAACAGCACUUUAGUCUGCUGCGCCACCAAGGCUCUUGUAUAAGAUUUUCAUCCAUGGAAUCCUUCCCAAGCUGUCUCUUGGUUUGUUGAAAUCAGCUGCUUUAAAGUCUAAGUCCUUAGUUUGAUUUUGCUCUAAUGCUUGUGUCUGCAAUAUAUUGAAUUCCAGUAUGACAUGGUCACUCUUCCUCCAAUUUACCUGCAACCCCCCCUAUAAUUUCCUCUCUGCUAGUAAAAAUUUAGAUCACUAUAGGACCGUGAUGGCGAACCUAUGGCACUCGUGCCACAGGUGGCACGCGGAGCCAUAUUAGUGGGCACGCCAGCUCAGCUCUGGGGCGCAUGCGCGCACCGGCCAGCUGAUUUUCAGGCCUUCUGGGCCCACCAGAAGUCUCCCCCCAAAUUAUCUGCAACUUCAACCCCCCCCUCCCCUAUAAUUUUCUCUCUGCUAGUAAAAAUUUAGAUCACUAUAGGAGAUCCUUAGUUCCCUUUUCUACCUUUUGGAUGACAAGUUGUCAUCUAGAUUCAUGAGGAACCUUUUAAGACAGGGUGACAAACUGGCGGCCCAUGGGCUGGAUGCGUGACAUGCAGGCCACACCCACCCCAGCUCCAUAAAUGGGUAGAAUGUCAUAAAAUGUCACAUGACGGCAACAUGACAUGGCAAGUUUGACACUGGUGCUUUAAGACAAGAUUGGCCAGCCAUUUGUCUGGAAUGUUAUAGGGUAUCCUGCCUGAGAAGGAGAUUGGACUAGAAGACCUCCAAGGUCCCUUCUGACUCAUAACCUAUUCUGUUACGGGCUUGCUAUUCUCUUGGCAACCAAAUUGCACGGAUUCUGCCACUAGUCUUUUUCUAGGGUUUAUGUUUUUUAACUUCCAGGUCUUGCCAAAAGCACGGUAUUUCUACUGACCGUAUUUUUAGGACUAUAAGACGCACCUGACUAUAAGACGCACCUAAAUUUAGAAGAGGAAAACAACAAAAAAAAGGUUUUGGCCUAUCUUUUUUCGGGCCGUUUCCAGCCUUUUUUCGGUCUUUUUCUGGGGCUAUUUUCACCCCAUUUUUGAGUGCUUUUUUCAGCUCGUCUUUGAGGCUUUUUUUGGCUUGUUUCUGGGGCUUUUUUCCCUGUUUUUGAGGCUUCCCGCCCCCUGUUUUUGAGGUUUUUUGGGGGCUGUUUUGAGGCUUUUUUGGUCAAUUUUUGAGGCUUUUUUGUCCCAUUUUUGAGGCUUUUUUUCUGGCCUGUUUUUGAGGCUUUUUUUGGCCUGUUUUUCCGAAAAACCGUUCCUGUGCUUUUGAAGGUGCAGGAAAAGGAGAGACACCAACUUGGGUUCUGCCAACCGUUGCACAUUUAUGAUGACUGCAGCAUCCCACACUCAGGAUCCCCGUUUGUGACCUUCUCAGCUAGAUUCUGAAGCAAAAUUAGUAGGGAUGCCAGCAGGAAAUUGCAAGUCGCAGUUUGUGGAACAGAUGCAAGUUGGCACUGUCAUGUGACAUCAUGCUUCCUGACCGGCUGCUUAGUGACACAGAAGCCAGUCCCAAUUGCACUCAACAAAGAGGAUGGCAAUAAGAGCACUCUGGACAACUGAGAAUAACAAGCAACGUUGAAAAGGAAAUAAAAUUGAGCCAGAAAUCAAAAUAUAUUCCAUUUCCUUCAGAAAAGCACACAAUUCUCCUUCUCCAGCAGCUAAUAGACAAAAGAGAGAAAAUUAACAUGAGAUUUUGAGCUGGAAAAAGUAGAGGAUACGAAACUCAAGAAUACAUUGCAUGAAAGAUCAAGGAAGAUUAUUUUUCACUCAGAAAAAGAUGGAAAUAGCUGGAAGUUAGAGGGAAGGAAAAGGUCUUAUUGGGCAGGGCACAUAGGACAGACAAUGAUACAGGCCUUGCUCUGGGAAGAAGCAAACGGCUUUAAUCAAAGCACCACUAAACAAUAGAUCACACAUAUUUUUGACCUCAAGAAUAUCAGUUGUGGAAAAGCUCCAUAGAUCUGCCUAUUGUAGAAAAAGCACAGAUUGCAAAUCAUAGCUGAUUUAACAAGAAGAUCCCAACUGUACAAAAGCCAUACAAAUUAUCUGAAUAUGCCAAAAAGUUUGGUCAGAACAGCUUCCUUGUGGUUCAUGGAACGACUCACACAGGAGAGAAGCCAUAUGAGUGCUCCCGAUGUGAAUACUUUAGUGAACAUGGCAACAUGGUGAUACAUCACGUAAGAGUGUCCAAAUUGUGUGAAAGUAUCAUUGGAAAUUACCAUCUCAUGAGACAACAAAGGACACGCACAGGAGAGAAAGCCUUUCAAUGUCCUGAUUGUGGGAAAAGUUUCAGAAACAAUUCCAGCCUGGUGACACACCAGAGGACUCACACAGGAGAGAAACCAUUUGAAUGUCCUGAUUGUGGGAAAAGUUUCAGUCAGAAUUCCAACCUGGUGGCACACCAGAGGACUCACACAGGAGAGAAACCAUUUGAAUGUCCUGAUUGUGGGAAAAGGUUCAGUCAGAAUUCCAGCCUGGUGACACACCAGAGGACUCACACAGGAGAGAAACCAUUUGAAUGUCCUGAUUGUGGGAAAAGAUUCAGAAACAAUUCCAGUCUGGUGGCACACCAGAGGACUCACAUAGGAGAGAAACCAUUUGAAUGUCCUGAUUGUGGGAAAAGUUUCAUUCACAAUUCCAGCCUGGUGAAACACCAUAGGACUCACACAGGAGAGAAACCAUUUGAAUGUCCUGAUUGUGGGAAAAGUUUCAGUCGCAAUUUUGACCUGGUGACACACCAGAGGACUCACACAGGAGAGAAACCAUUUGAAUGUCCUGAUUGUGGGAAAAGUUUCAGUCGCAGUUCCAACCUGGUGAGUCACCAAAAGAUUCACACAGGAGAGAAACCCUUUGAAUGUCCUGAUUGUGGGAAAGAUUUCAGUCAAAAUUCCCACCUGGUGACACACCAGAGGACUCACACAGGAGAGAAACCAUUUGAAUGUCCAGAUUGUGGGAAAAGUUUCAGUCAGAAUUCCAGCCUGGUGACACACCAGAGAACUCACACAGGAGAGAAACCAUUUGAAUGUCCUGAUUGUGGGAAAAGUUUCAGUCGCAAUUCCCACCUGGUGACACACCAGGAUACUCACACAGGAGAGAAACCAUUUGAAUGUCCAGAUUGUGGGAAAAGAUUCAGUCAGAAUUCUGAGCUUGUGAGACACCAGAGGACUCACACAGGAGAGAAACCAUUUGAAUGUCCUGAUUGUGGGAAAGGUUUCAGUCAGAAUUCCCACCUGGUGAAACACCAGAGGACUCACACAGGAGAGAAACCAUUUGAAUGUCCAGAUUGUGGGAAAGAUUUCAGUCAAAAUUCCCACCUGGUGAUACACCAGAGGACUCACACAGGAGAGAAACCAUUUGAAUGUCCAGAUUGUGGGAAAGAUUUCAGUACUAAGACUAGCCUUUUAAAUCAUGUGCUUAUACACAUGGGAGAAACCAUUUAAGUGCCCCAAGAGUGGACGGUGCUUCAGGAAACAUUCCACCCUUAUUGCACACAAGAAAAUGUGCAUGGAUUUUCCAAAGUGAUGAGUGAUGAUCUAAAGCAGUGGUUCCCAAAGGGGCCGUACCAAAGUUGGGGGCCGGUGGGAUGACUUAGGGGGGCAGUAAGAAGCAAGGGGGCAGCAGGGAGGCGCUAGAGGCAAAAGGGUGCGGCAGGGCGGCGCUAAGUGGUAAGGAGGGUGGCCCCCACCCUUUGGCCUGUGCCUCGCAGCAGUUACCUCCUUGCAAGGAAACAGCAAGAAAAAACAGCUCCUUUCAGCUUCAGCACAGGCUAAUUAGCACAAGUUGAUUAGAUUGGCCUCCUGACUCUCAGCUGUUUUGCGCAGGGCUCUCCUGCUUGCUGCAAAGAGUGUUGGAGCAGGUUUUUUCCCCUUGUGCUAAUCAAGCUAUGCUGAAAACGAAACUGAAAGUAAAGCCUGCUGUUUGCUGUUUGCUGCAAGGAAAAAUGAGGCAGAGGCAGAGGGAGAUUUGUUUUUCUUCUUUUUCCUCACUAAAAAAGGUAGGUGCAAACAAUGGGAAAUUUAGGGCGGGAGAGGAGAGUUCAAAAUUUUAAAACACAAAAGAAAAAAAGGGGAAAGAAAAAGGCAAAAAUAAAAAUGGGAAGGGAGAAAAAGAAAUGAAAGAGAAAGAUGUUAUACAUAUUUAGAAUUGAAAUAUGAAUAAUAGUAAGAAAUAAAUGGGAAAUCAUGAUUGUAAAAAUGAAAUGAAUAAUAA